GUGGCAGACGAAGAGGGAGUGCAGAACAAGUGUUUUCACUUCUUGCACAGUUACAUUGGAGUCAGAGGCGCGAUUUCCCCAGAGAUCUCACAUCCGAAAUGGAAUUGUUGGAAGCGAGCAGUGAAACAUAGCAACAUGAAUUACGAUCUGAUGCGCCUCACCAUCGCGGCCAAUCACGGCCACGGCACUCGGCUCACAGGCGAGCGUGUCACGAUGCGACGGGAGUACCUGGAGACGUGGCUAGAGAAACAAGAUGAGCAGUACUUCGACGAGAUUUCAGAGGAAAUCAACCACGACCGGGGAGAAAGAGGCAUGACCAGCGAUGCCGUCCAAGCAUCGAUGACAGAUUUCCUAGAAUCGCCCCUGAUCAAGCGACGUGUGCAUUUCGCAAAAAACAAGAGCUGGUUCGGCUGCCUCACCUGCUUCAAGAUGCUCUUGCGUGACUGGACAGUGCUGAGAGAAGCAGCUCGGGCGGUGGUGGCAGACGAGGAGGAGCUACAAGCAGGCGCUGCAGUCGACGAGGCCGAAGAUGCGGAUGAAGCAGCAGAGGCAGAGGAAGAAGCACGAAAUGCAGCAGGGAAGCAGACCAAGUCGGAUUUUUACGCAGCCUACAAGAAGGCAGGUCCGCACCAAAUGCAACUGGACAUCCUUUCGGAUGACCGUCUGCGCUGCAGUGCAGAAAUCCUGUGCCGCGUUACCAGGCCGUUGCACAAGCUCUACCAAAGUGAUCUGCAGGCACAGAAAGAGGGAUUGGAGGAGAUGUUGCAAUGGAAUGCAAAGCGCAGUGUUGGGAGCAGUUUGAAAGCCAGCAACGAGAUUCUGGCAAGCACCUCGAACCCAGCACUGUACAUGGCUAUGAAGAUGACGCCCCACUGCAACCCGUGUGCUACGCCCGACAUGUUGCCUGAUGAAACGGAGCUAGCGCAAAAAGCUUUCACUUUUGCAACCAAUUUGGCAGGCAACUUUGCGUGGUCGGAGAUGCUUCACCAAUUUACGUUGCCGCUUGCUGCUGGCGCCUUGUUGCUGGCAGAUCGAGACCAAGCCCAAAGAGCACUGCGCAGGAUUGGCACGCUCAUUGAUGCCGUGGUCAAAGCAGAAGACAUGUUAAAGACAAAACCUCUGCUUGGGCAGUUGCUGAAGGACCUGGCUUUUCAAGAAGAGAGCCUCGCGCGCGAGGUCAUGAUCCGUUUGCGAAGAGCGCAGUACAAUCUUGACCAUCCUGAAGCCCAGACCGUGGCUCAACUCAUGCGCAGAUUUUUCGGGGGCAGCAGCUCCACCAAAGAGAUUCUCGAGAGCUGUUUCGGACAUUUGGCAGAUGUGGUGAGCAGGUCCAACAAGAACAAACGCACGAGCAGGCUCGGGCUGUGGCUAUAUUGCACCAGCUCGGGUUUCAUCAAAUCAUCCGGAAUGAAACAGCACUUGCCAGACUCUUCUGAGUGGCUGGCAUGGCUUUCUCGCUUCGGGAAUGCUAAAGACGAGUGGAUGCAGAAGUUCAACACAGCAUUCAAUGUUGCUGCGACCCCCCUUCCACAAGCGCAGGACAUGGAGUUUCCAAAGACAGUGGAGGGUGUAGUGAAGACAAAGUGGAGGCUGGCAGGACCUCUAUCUCACUACAGGAGCUCGGCCGCUGCCUGCUACCUCCUCAAAGAGUCUGACUCUGGGUUUCGGAAUCUCACAAUGGCUUGGGCAAGCCUUUGGCCUCAGUUUAGAUAUAGUAUAGUCCAGUGCCCGCACUUUUGUAGCAGCAUUUCGGGCUCUGCAGCAGCAUGA